AUGCUACGCUGGGACUGGCCGCAGACGUGGAGUCUGGAGAACAGAGAGGCGAUCCGGGUUGCCCUUGAGACGUCCAUUCGGGGUGCGAUGGCGAAGGGGGAAAGCAAAGUGGUCCGCGGCCUCGUUCACGUGGAGUUGCCGGAGAUUGGGAGCACAGCGCCGCAGGUGAUGCUGACGGGCAUCCGCGAGCUGUCGCUGGAGCACACGGCGCUCAUGGUGAAGGUGCGCUACGACGGCGAGUUCUCCCUCAAGCUGCGCGGGCUGCAGGUGAACGUUGACACCGUCGGCGCUAACUCGACGCUGAGCAGCGACCUCAGCCUCGCGAUGCCCUUCUACUGCCCGCUGGAGAUGACUCUGAGCGACAUCCACGUGGACGGUGUGGCCUCCAUCGAGGUGUUCCAGGAGAUCGAGGAUGUGACGAACAGCGAGGACGCGGCAUUGCUGAGUCCAGACUCCACGAUGGGACUUACCGGCACGCCGCGAGCCGACGAGGUGGAGUCACUCUCAUCGCUCUGCCGAGUGCCGCGCAGUGCACGUUCGUAUAUCCUCUCAGCAACCCAGUCGAGCACGGGUCGCAGCGCACGCUCUGGCGGGUACCCAAGCUCCGGUUACGGCGUGCUGCUCGGUGCUGGCGGACGGCGAGCGAUGCGGCCGCCGGAGCUCGCUCAGGGUGGCCAAGCGCCGGCUGCCCCUCCCCCCCUCAUGCCCCCCCAUGGCAACUCUGUUGCGACGACAGAUGCCUCGGUAACGCGCAGCAGCGGCACUCAUACCAGCGCAGGUCUCUCGACGGCGCCGAGCCAGUCGCGGCAUUCCCUUAUCGACUUGGCGAGCAAGCGCGCCAUCGUGAAGAAGCGGCGGAUCAAGGUGCAGCUCUUCGGCGACCCCAUCAAGCGCUACAAGGUGGAGUCGAACCUUGUGGCGGUGCCGGGGGCCGGGAAGAAGGUGGAGGAGCACAUUCAGGACAUGCUCGAACCUCUUAUCGAGCGCCUCAUGGCAGAAGGCGUCACGAUCGAGCUCACGCCGUGA